UGCGCACUUUCGCUUUCUCCCGGAAGCUGAGCCGUUGUUUUUACGCGCUUAAUUUUCAGGAAACGGUAAAUGUUUACUUUCCAGUACGUCUUGAACUAUUCAGCCCACGGUGCGCUGUGACGGAGACCCUGCAAACUUCGUCUUAUACCGCUGACGGCUGUACACAAAAGAGCUCACCUUAAACAAGCUGCAGGUGCAACAGGAAGUGAAGACUUUGUCAAAGAACAUCUGCAGAUGUUCUCCUGCUGUUUUAGAUCAUACAGCUCAUCUCCUUGCAAAUCUCAGUGAGACGGUCUUCAGUUCAGGAAAGUCUUCAUUCUGCUGUAUAAAAUGACUUCAGGAAGAAAUUCUUUGACAGCUGCAGUGUUGCUGUUAAUCAUGAUGAAAGUCUUCAGUGUCCUCACUGUCUCGUGUCCUUCAACAAUGUAUCAAGCACAAGACCUAUGCUGUCCAAAGUGUCCUGCAGGAAAUCGAGUCAAGACAGAUUGCACAAAGACUGCAAACACUUCCUGUGUGGCCUGCGAGGGUGGAACCCACAUGGAUAAGCCCAGUGGACUCAAACAAUGCACUCACUGCACAAUCUGUGACCUAAGUUUUGGUCUGAAGGAGAACAGGACAUGCACAUCAACAUUGGAUACAGUUUGUGAACCACAGGAUGGAUUCUACUGUGUUGACCUUGCAGCUGGUAGCUGCGUGGCAGCACACAAGCACAGGCAAUGUCAACCAGGAGAAUACAUCAAGCAAACAGGAACAGCCUUCAGAGACACUGAGUGCUCUGACUGCAGCAAUGGGACAUUUUCAGAUGGAACUUUAAAGUUUUGUCGGCCACACAGACCAUGUGAAUCACUAAACCUUAAGCUGAUAAGACCAGGAAAUGCUACAACUGAUGCUCAGUGUGAAGAACAAGAUCAUAAUAAAGUGGUCCCGAUCAUCAUUGGCUGCUUGAUUCUCUUACUCUUACUGUCUGCCAUACUUAUAGCUUAUAAAAAAAAGUCCGCGUGUCUAAACAGAGAUGAAAAAACAAGUGUGCGCCUAACCAACUUGAAGAAGACUGAGGAUGAAAAGAGAGAAACAGAGUCACUGAACAAUUAGCCACAAACACCAGAGUGAAACGAUUUAAAGGUCAACAGAAGAAAGUUUGCCUGCAGACCUGCUGUAACUCCAGCUGGAUGAUGGGACAUCGUGUUUGCAGUGAACAGAAAACUACAAACUUCCCUGAUUCACUGCUGUCCGAAUUAUUACCUGGAAAUUGGACGUUAUCUGAAGACAAACUACUAGAAUAGAAGAUUCAUAAUCUUUACUGCAUCAUGAUGAACAAACGGCUGCUAUCACGGGAAGAGUUUGGAGUAUCUUCUAAAUCUUUCCAGUGUUUUUCUAAAGAAUUUCUUUUAAAAAAAGAAUUUUAUUAAAAAAGUUUUGAACUUUAAAAAGUAUAAUAAUGAUGCUAACUUAUGAUUCAAUUGAAAUUGUAUGUCACAAUAAUUUAUGUAGUAUAUUAUAAUAAUAUGGCAUAGUAAAGUAUAUAAGGUCUCAAAGUCCCGGUGGGUCUUUCUACAUCAGAAAAAUUUGAUUUUAUUUUUUGGAUUUUUUAUCUAAACAUGGUUUUUAAUGGAGUGUUGGAUGACUUCACAUGUUGCUCUUUCAAGUGAAAGUACACAUGUUUUUUUGCUGUUUGUUUUUUAUGGAGAUUUUCAUCCCAGAUGUGUAACCUCAGUUUCAACAAAGUUGGGACACUCUGUAAAAUGUGCAUUUAAAAAUAAAGAAUGCAAUGAUUUUCACAUCUUAUAAACCCAAAUUUUAUCCACAGUAAAAUGCAGAAAAUAUAUCAAGAGCUUAAACUGAGGUGUUUAUCAUUUAAUGAAAAAUACUAGCUCAUUUUGAAUUUUAUACCAGCACAUCUCCAAAAAGUU